AUGAGCGACCGGAUCAGUAAUCUACCGGACUCGUUGCUUCUGCAUAUUCUCGCUUCUAAAUCUCUCCAAACCAAAGAUGUUAUUGCGACAAUGCUCUUGUCGAAGAUUUGGAAAUCUCUUUGGCUCUCCAUUCCAAAGCUUGAGUUCUACGAAAAAGGCUUUCGUAGUUACGAAUCCUUCCUUCAAUUUAUAGAUUCUACCCUCAACUUGGUUGAUUCCAAAUCUCUCAAAAUGUUUUCUCUCAAGUGUGAGUAUUUUGAUAUGCCCCAUGAUAAGGUUGACAUUUGGGUUAACACAGUGCUCAAGAGCAAACUUGAGUAUCUGAAUCUGUGUUUUGCACCUUGUUUUGAUAUUAUGGUUACGUAUCCGCCGUUACCCUCUAGCACUUUCAACAGCAAUACCAUUAGGAUCUUAAAGUUGGUUAGGGUGAAGGUGAGAAAUCUUUCUACUGUCAAUUUGCCAUCCCUUAAGGCCUUGCAUAUGAUGUACGUUGUGUUCUCGGAUGCUGAAAGUUUAGGAAUGCUUCUUUCUAAAUGUGUUCGUCUUCAAGAAUUGCUGCUACUGUAUCUGGGGUUUCCUGAUGAUGAGAAUAUGAAGCUAGACAUUGGAAGGCUUCAUCACUUGGUUAUUGCAAAGGGUUGUAAGGGAUUGGAUUGGUCGAUGGAAGCAGGUCCUGAUAAUGUUCCUCCAUGUGUGUCAUCAAACCUGAAGGUGUUUGUGCUAGGUGGCUUUAACUACUUGCAAAGUGAGUUCGAAAUUCUGGAUUCUUUGGUAUUGACUUUAGGAGAGUCAAUGUCGCCAUUCUCUGUAGCAGGGCCACAAGGGUCAAAGCUUGGUAGGAUUGAAUUUGGCUGUUCUCCAUUGGAACUGGAGAAUAUUUGCCCUGUAUGGGGGAGCUUGAAGUUGGUGGAGGAUUUUGUGAUUCUUGGCAAAACUCUUGGUUCUGUAGGUACUUUGAGUGGAUUCCAAGAAGGAGUAAUCUCCAUUCUCAUUUGCUUAGGCAGCUCUUAUGGGGAAGUGCUGGAAACUGCAAUUUGCAACACAGGUUAA